UCUCCGCACAGAGCCAGUUGCUGCCGGUUGUAGUCUAGUGUGUAGUCUAGUGUAAAUGGACUCGGACACGGAUUCGGACCAGGAGAAGAGCAGCGAUCCCAAUGAGGAGCUGCUCAGCAGCGAUGAUAAAACCUUUCACGACGACGACGAGGUCGAGGACUCAUCGGUGGAGGAUGUUGACAACUUAGAUACGGUCGAUCCAAUUAGGCAAAUCGAUGCAGAACAAGCGCAGUCCACGGCAGAGCAACUGCUGGUGGUGCUCAUGCAAACAGAAGCCAUACAAAUGCAACAGCAGCAGCAAAUCGAUGUUGAACUGGAUGCAAAUGUGGCCAGCACAGCUCCAGAGCCGCAGCCGCAGGUUGCCAACGAAGUUGUCGGGGAGCCGGGCAACCAGCGCGUGCCGCUUGUGGCCAAGUGCCGCGAGAGCGUGCGCGAAUCUGUCGAAUGCUUUUACUCGGCACAGGAUCUGCUCGAAUAUGGGCACAUGCUGGCAUCCACGGCGGAGCAGCGCACGCCGGACGUUGAGUCCGGCUAUUUUGACAAGUCGGAGAGCGAUGAUCUUUCGCGCGAGGAGUUCGAGGUGCAAUCGUGCAGCCUGCGCCGACCCAGAGGCGCACAGGCGCUGCCCCUCCUCUCCAGCCAAGCGCUGGCAUCCACCGCCAGCAGCAGCUCGGAGAGUCUACGCAUUGAGCUGAGCCGCUUUUGCAGCUCCAUUGAGAUAUUCGAGCUGCAGCAGCAACAACAACAACAACAGCAGCAGCAGGAGAUCUCACUGCCGGCAGAGGCGCCUGCAGCUGGAGAGGAUUUGACAACGGGCGAACAAUCCCUUUAUACACAAAGUGAGACAUAUGUUAUGCAGGUGUUUGGUCUAGAAGCUCAUCGAGCCCUUGAACUGCUCGAGGAUUAUCACGCACGUCUGUCGGAGCCACAGGAUCGUGCUCUGCGUAUUGCAAUCGAACGGGUCAUCCGCAUUUUUAAGUCUCGCCUAUUUCAAGCGCUACUCGAUAUACAAGAAUUCUAUGAAUUAACGUUAUUGGAUGACUCGAAGAGCAUUCAGCAAAAGACCGCCGAAACAUUGCAGAUUGCAACCAAGUGGGAGAAGGAUGGACAGGCCACAAAGAUAGCCGAUUUUAUAAAAACUACCAAUCUUAAUCGCAAUGGCGUCUAUGAAAUUAACAACGAUGCCACAAAUCCCAAUCCAAGUUCAAAUCUUAAUCAAAACGCGAACGCGGCCGCGCACGCCGAGGCCUUGAGCAGAACAUUUAAAAAUGAAUUGGAAGAGAUUUUGAACCAACGCAUGCGCAUUGAGUCUGACUAUGAGAUUGCCAAAGAUGCCACAGCCGAUGAUGCCGCAAUUCAACAGGUGCGCAACUUGCGCUCGCCCCAGCAGCAGCAGCAGCAACAGGUGGUUCAACAGUUGCAGCAACAUCAACAGCAGCAGCAGCAACAGCAGCAGCAGCAGCAUCUAACGCAAUCACAGUCCACGACAGCCAGAAGCGGGACUCAGAUAGUAAGUGGCUGCAAUUAAAUGAAUUAUGUUUGCUCUUUGCCAAAGCUAAAGCUAAAUCAUGUCUCACUAAUACUCGAAACGGGGGAUAAUUUGGAAAAAUGAGGCGUAUUCAAAGGCACGCAUGAUUAGCCGCAGCCAAAGCCACAACAACUGCCAACAGCCAAUGGCCCAAACUACCCAACAUUCCUUUGCCUUUGAGUCGACCUGAAAAACCAAAAAAAAAAAAAUACAAAAAACAAAAUGAACAACAACCAAAAAUAAUAACAACAAUAAUAAUAAUCAUAAUAAAAA